AAAAUAUUACAUCUUCCAAAGGUAAUUAAUUAUCAAUAAUCAAAUCAUUUUCAAAUUCCGGUUCAUCUAGUGAGAGAUCGGCAAUCGAUAGAGGAUUAGAGAUGAUGAGACUUGAGAGUUUAGAGAUUAGAGAAGCCGAAUAUGAUAGGUCAAUUUUACUUAAUGGCCGAUUGUGGAAUUUGAAAGGGUAAAAACCCUAAAAAUAAAUGGAAUCGGGCUGGAUACUUCUACCAGAUACGUCCCCGACAUUGGAAACGUUUAGGAAACGUCCCCGACGAGUACCCAUGGUGUUUCCGUCCCCGACAAAUACCCGAGACGGGUACGGCCACAUAAAUGGAGUCCCCGUGCUACAUAGAAUGGGGUAAAUAGCCAACACACCUAAUUCAAACAACAAUCAUCAUAAAUAACCGUACACACUGCAAUUAGGAACUCCAAUCGAUUUAUCAAUACAUUCGUCUGCAGUUCAUCUUCUUCCUUCGUUCUCAGAUUGUUUGAUAAUCAGCCUCUAUCAUUCAUGGAUGCAGUAAAAAACUUAGAUGCUGUGGAUGCAACAACAUCCUUUCAAGUCAAAUCCUUCUUUGACUCUGCGCCUCUUUUGAAAGAUGCUGAAAGCAUAAGCAGAAAAUUAACCCAAUUUAUCCACCAGAACGCUUCUUUAACAGGAAGUGAAGGACCUAGAAGGGUUGUAUGUGUGACAUCUGGCGGUACAACUGUUCCUUUAGAGCAACGCUGUGUACGUUACAUUGAUAACUUUAGCUCUGGACAUAGAGGAGCAACUUCUACAGAAUACUUUUUGAAGUCAGGAUAUUCGGUCAUCUUUCUCUAUAGGAGGGGUACCUGCCAGCCGUAUUGUAGAUCACUUCCAGAUGAUCCGCUACUCGAAUGUUUCAAGCUCACAAGCGAUUCAAGCAUACAAGUGCUCGAGUCACACGCUGAAGCAGUUAAGAGUGCAAUUAGUGGUCAUCACGAUGCUGUUUCUGGAGGCUACUUGCUUAAACUUCCUUUCACAACCAUCUUUGAAUAUCUUCAGAUUUUAAGGUUGAUUGCAACAUCAAUGAAGAUCCUUGGACCAAAUGCUAUGUUUUAUCUUGCAGCCGCCGUAUCUGACUUUUAUGUUCCAUGGGAGAGCAUGGCAGUACAUAAAAUCCAGUCAGCAUCUGGUCCUCUAGAUAUGCGGCUUGCCCAAGUUCCGAAAAUGCUCUUGGUUUUGCGUAAGGAGUGGGCCCCCACAGCGUUCUGUGUAUCAUUUAAGUUAGAGACAGAUAAAGAGAUUCUUCUAGAAAAGGCGGAUACCGCUCUUAAAAAGUACAAAAUGCAUGCGGUAGUUGCUAACGAGCUUUCGACCCGUAAAGAGGUGGUCAUAUUGGUCACUGAAAGCGGAAAAGUGUCGGUGUAUCGUGAAAACGACCAAUCAGUUGUUGAAUCUCCUCUGAUCAAGCUACUUGUAGAGAAACAUUCGACUUACAUUAUGGACCCCAACGCAUGAAUACAAAAAAAAAAAAAAAAAAUCGAAAAUACAGAAGAAAUAAUCGAUGUCCCACCAUGCAAUCUACUUAUACAGAGAUACAACUGUAAAAAGGGAGAACACUUGUUAAAAUAAAGUGAAGUUUUGUCUUCAUGUUUUAUGUUCUUUCAGUUGAGGAAGUAUCAUUUUAGGUGUAAAAUGAGGAAGGUGUUUUUGUUUCAUUAAGUAUAAGAAUGUGUGUUUUAUUUUGUA